UUCACCUCCUCCGGCUCGGCGUGUUUGGUUGUCGUCGGUGACGCUGUUGCUAGGCACCCUAGAUGGCUGAACACAUUCAGCUCUCAAUAGCGUUGUGCAGGAUUGCCCUUUACACGUGUUUUAGAAAGCUGUGCUGUAAAGGUCCCCCCUCUCCUAGACCAGAGUAUGAUGUGGUGUGUAUUGGACUCAGCGGUGCUGGCAAGACCAGUCUUGUGUCACGGCUCUGCAGUGAAGCUCUUGAUGACAUUGUACCCACGACAGGUUUCAGCAUCAAGGCAGUGUCUUUCCCAAAUGCAGUACUGAAUAUAAAAGAACUUGGAGGUGCAGAUAAUGUCAAGAAAUACUGGAGCCGCUACUACCAAGGAUCCCAAGGAGUGAUAUUCGUUCUUGACAGUACUGUUUCUGAUGAGGGGCUGGAGGCUUGCCGAUCUGAGCUCCAUUUGGCCCUACAGCACCCUCAGCUCUGCACACUCCCCUUCCUCAUCCUUGCCAACCACCAAGAUUCACCAGCUGCCCGUUCUGUCCCAGAGAUAAAGAAGUAUUUUGAAUUGGAGCCACUGGCAAGAGGGAAGAGAUGGAUCCUUGAGGGCAGCUCAAUAAACAACUUGGAGACUGUGAGGGAGAGCUUCAGGCGCUUCAUCAGCCUUUUGGAAGAGAGAGAGCUGCAAAGCAUCCGGAUGUGAUUCAGGACACAAGUUCAAAGGAAAGAACCAAAAAACAAACAAACAAACAAAAAUUGUCCAGAUAGACAAAAAAAAAAUCAAUAAGUGUUUUUUCCAUUUGAAGGAGAUGCAGGGAUGUUUCCAUUCUCCUUAUUUCUUUUUACCUCUCCUUCAAAACAUGUUGUUUUUAAUCACUCAGCAGAAAAGACAGACACUGACCCUUAAACACCAAACACAUGAAUCAGUGCAACCCUAUGUCUUG